AUGAAGGCGGCGCAAAGAAAGCAGUGCCAAAAGGAAUCUACAGCCAAAGGUAUCGACAGGUCACCCACCUUCCAGUGGCCAAAGACACGGGCUCUGAAGGCAGCCUAUAUGCCUUUGGGAGAAACAAGCUUGACCACUAUGAAGAAGAUAGAAGUCAACCGUACACUUGUGUUCAUUAUGGAUGUCAAGGCCAAUGAGCAGCAGAUUAAACAGGCUGUGAAGAAGCUCAAUGACAUUGACAGGGCCAAGGUCAACACCCUGAUCAGGCCUGGUGAAGAGAAGAAGGCAUAUGUUCCACUGGCUCUUGACUAUGAUGCUCUGGAUGUUGCCAACAAAAUUGGGAUAAUCUGA